GCCGCGCCGCGCCCGGGAGCCGAGGGUGGCAGCGCGAUGGCAGUCUCCGAGCUCUACACAAAGUAUGCCAGGGUUUGGAUCCCUGAUCCAGAGGAAGUCUGGAAGUCAGCAGAACUUCUCAAAGAUUAUAAACAAGGAGAUAAAGUCAUCCAGCUUCGACUCGAAGAGGGAAAGGAAUUAGAAUAUUGCCUUGAUCCUAAGACCAAGGAACUGCCUCCCUUACGAAACCCUGACAUACUUGUUGGUGAAAAUGAUCUCACAGCACUCAGUUAUCUCCAUGAACCUGCUGUUCUACACAAUCUCAAAGUUCGCUUUAUUGAUUCAAAACUUAUUUAUACCUAUUGUGGUAUCGUCUUGGUAGCCAUAAAUCCGUAUGAGCAGCUGCCUAUCUAUGGCGAAGAUAUCAUCAAUGCAUACAGUGGUCAGAAUAUGGGGGAUAUGGAUCCACACAUCUUUGCUGUGGCUGAAGAAGCAUAUAAACAGAUGGCCAGAGAUGAACGGAAUCAGUCAAUCAUUGUAAGUGGGGAAUCUGGAGCAGGAAAGACUGUCUCUGCUAAGUAUGCCAUGAGAUACUUUGCCACUGUAAGUGGUUCUGCUAGUGAAGCUAAUGUUGAAGAGAAAGUACUGGCUUCCAACCCUAUCAUGGAGUCCAUCGGAAAUGCCAAAACCACAAGGAAUGACAACAGUAGUCGUUUUGGGAAGUACAUUGAAAUUGGUUUCGAUAAGAGGUACCGAAUCAUUGGUGCUAACAUGAGAACUUACCUCUUAGAAAAAUCAAGAGUGGUAUUUCAGGCAGAAGAGGAGAGAAAUUAUCACAUUUUCUACCAGCUCUGUGCCUCUGCAGCAUUACCUGAGUUUAAAACACUGCGAUUAGGGAAUGCAAAUUACUUUCACUAUACGAAGCAAGGGGGUAGUCCAGUGAUUGACGGCAUUGAUGAUGCUAAGGAAAUGGUACACACCAGACAGGCCUGCACUUUGCUAGGGAUUAAUGAUUUGUACCAGAUGGGAAUCUUUCGAAUCCUCGCUGGGAUCCUUCACCUGGGCAACGUAGGGUUUACCUCUCGGGAUGCUGACAGCUGCACGAUCCCUCAAAAACAUGAACCCCUCACCAUCUUCUGUGACCUCAUGGGGGUGGAGUACCAAGAGAUGUCCCACUGGCUUUGCCAUAGGAAGCUUGCUACUGCCUCUGAGACCUACAUCAAACCAAUUUCCAAACUGCAGGCCAUCAAUGCCAGGGAUGCUCUUGCCAAACAUAUCUACGCUAAACUCUUUAACUGGAUUGUUGAUCAUGUGAACAAAGCUCUGCAUUCUACUAUAAAGCAGCAUUCUUUCAUUGGUGUAUUGGACAUUUAUGGGUUCGAGACAUUUGAGAUAAACAGCUUUGAACAGUUUUGUAUAAACUAUGCCAAUGAAAAACUGCAGCAACAGUUCAAUAUGCAUGUAUUUAAGCUGGAACAGGAGGAAUAUAUGAAGGAACAAAUUCCAUGGACCUUGAUUGAUUUCUAUGACAAUCAGCCUUGUAUUAAUCUCAUAGAGGCCAAACUGGGCAUCUUGGAUCUGCUAGAUGAGGAAUGUAAGAUGCCUAAAGGAUCAGAUGACUCUUGGGCCCAGAAAUUGUAUAAUACACAUUUGAAGAAAUGUGCACUCUUCGAAAAACCACGUAUGUCAAACAAAGCUUUUAUCAUACAACACUUCGCUGACAAGGUGGAAUAUCAGUGUGAAGGCUUUCUGGAAAAGAACAAAGACACAGUUUAUGAAGAACAAAUCAAGGUCCUAAAAUCAAGUAAGUUUAAGAUGCUUUUGGAGUUGUUUCAGGAUGAGGAGAAGGCCCUUAGUCCCACCUCAGCAACCCCUUCAGGACGCACGCUGCUGUCUCGCACUGCUGUAAAACCUGCCAAGGCCAAACCAGGCCAAGCAAGCAAGGAACAUAAGAAAACUGUGGGACAUCAGUUUCGGAACUCUCUUCAUCUGCUGAUGGAAACCCUUAAUGCUACAACUCCACACUACGUGCGUUGUAUUAAACCCAAUGACUUCAAGUUUCCAUUCACGUUUGAUGAAAAGCGAGCAGUUCAGCAGCUCAGAGCUUGUGGUGUUCUGGAAACUAUCCGGAUCAGCGCAGCUGGCUUCCCCUCAAGGUGGACGUAUCAAGAGUUCUUCAGCCGCUACCGUGUCCUGAUGAAGCAAAAAGAUGUCCUUAGUGACAGAAAACAGACAUGCAAAAAUUUGUUGGAGAACCUGAUUCUGAACAAGGAUAAGUACCAGUUUGGUAAGACAAAAAUAUUUUUUCGGGCUGGUCAAGUAGCCUAUCUGGAAAAAAUAAGAGCAGAUAAGCUGAGAGUUGCCUGCAUCCGCAUCCAGAAGACAAUCCGAGGGUGGCUGAUGCGAAAGAAGUACCUGCGCAUGAGGAAAGCAGCCAUCACCAUUCAGAGAUAUGUCAGAGGGUACCAGGCACGAUGCUAUGCCAAGUUCUUGCGAAGAACCAGGGCUGCCAUCAUAAUUCAGAAGUUCCAGCGCAUGUAUGUGGUUCGCAAAAGAUACCAUCUCAUGCGAGCUGCCACUAUUGUGCUUCAGUCACUUUUACGAGGUUACAUAGCAAGGAACAAAUACCAGCAGAUGCUUCGAGAGCACAAGGCCAUUAUUAUUCAGAAGCACGUGCGGGGCUGGCUGGCUCGUGUGUGCUACCAUAGGAGCUUGAAGGCAAUUGUCUACCUGCAAUGCUGCUAUAGACGUAUGAUGGCCAAGAGGGAGCUGAAGAAGCUGAAGAUAGAGGCGCGCUCUGUGGAACGAUACAAGAAGCUCAAUAUUGGGAUGGAGAACAAGAUCAUGCAGCUGCAGCGUAAAGUUGAUGAGCAGAACAAAGACUACAAAUCCCUGCUGGAGAAACUAACUAACCUGGAAACCACAUACAGCACAGAGACCGAGAAGCUGCGGAGUGAUGUGGAAAGGCUUCGCAUCAGUGAGGAGGAGGCUAAGAACGCCACGAACCGUGUGAACACACUCCAGGAGGAGAUCACCAGGCUUCGAAAGGAGCUGCACCAAACACAGUCUGAGAAGAAGACAAUUGAGGAAUGGGCAGACAAAUACAAACAGGAAACAGAGCAGUUGGUAUCAGAACUAAAAGAGCAAAACACAUUACUGAAAAAGGAAAAGGAGGAGCUAAAUCGUCGCAUCCAUGAUCAGGCCAAGGAAAUGACAGAGACCAUGGAGAAGAAGCUUGUUGAAGAAACAAAACAGCUGGAGCUAGAUCUGAAUGAUGAAAGGUUAAGGUAUCAGAAUCUGCUGAAUGAGUUCAGCCGCUUAGAGGAGCGCUAUGAGGAUCUCAAGGAUGAGGUGAAUCUGAUGGUGAGCAUCCCCAAGCCUGGGCACAAAAGAACGGAUUCCACACACAGCAGCAAUGAAUCUGAAUAUACAUUUAGCUCUGAGAUUACAGAGACAGAAGACUUGCCACUGAGAAUGGAGCAGGAGCCAAGUGAGAAAAAGGCACCACUGGACAUGUCUCUGUUCCUCAAGCUGCAGAAACGGGUUACAGAGCUGGAGCAGGAAAAGCAAUCAUUGCAGGAUGAACUGGACAGGAAGGAGGAACAGGCUCUUCGCACCAAGACCAGGGAGGAGGAGGAAAGGCCGCCAAUGAGAGGCGCAGAACUAGAGUAUGAGUCACUCAAGCGUCAAGAGCUUGAAUCUGAGAACAAGAAGCUGAAGAAUGAGCUGAAUGAGCUGCAGAAGGCCCUUUUGGAGAAGAGCUCUCCAGAGGUGACUGCUCCUGGUGCCCCUGCCUAUAGAGUCCUCCUGGAGCAGCUGACCUCAGUAAGUGAGGAACUGGAGGUACGCAAAGAAGAAGUCCUCAUCCUGAGGUCUCAGCUGGUGAGUCAGAAGGAGGCUAUUCAACCCAAGAAUACUAUGACAGAUUCUACAAUCCUCUUGGAGGAUGUACAGAAGAUGAAAGACAAAGGAGAAAUAGCACAGGCAUAUAUUGGGCUAAAGGAAACAAACAGACAAUCUCUUCAGGACUAUCAUAUGCUGAAUGAGGAUGGAGAACUAUGGCUGGUUUAUGAAGGGUUAAAACAAACCAACAGGCUCCUAGAAUCUCAGCUUCAGUCCCAGAAAAAGAGUCACGACAAUGAGCUGGAAGCUCUCCGGGGUGAGAUUCAGAGUCUGAAGGAGGAGAAUAACCGCCAGCAGCAACUUUUAGCACAGAACCUGCAGCUGCCCCCGGAGGCCCGGAUUGAGGCCAGUCUACAGCAUGAGAUCACCCGGCUGACUAAUGAAAACCUGUUUUAUGAGGAGUUAUAUGCAGAUGACCCCAUGAAGUAUCAGUCGUAUCGGAUUUCACUUUACAAACGGAUGAUUGAUUUAAUGGAGCAGCUUGAAAAGCAGGACAAGACAGUUCGCAAGCUGAAAAAGCAGCUGAAAGUGUUUGCUAAAAAGAUUGGUGAACUUGAAGUGGGCCAGAUGGAAAACAUUUCGCCUGGGCAAAUCAUUGAUGAACCCAUACGUCCAGUUAAUAUUCCACGGAAAGAAAAGGACUUCCAAGGAAUGUUAGAAUAUAAGAAGGAUGAUGAGCCAAAACUGGUCAAGUAUCUUAUUUUAGAUCUGAAACCACGUGGUGUAGCAGUCAACCUGAUCCCAGGACUACCAGCAUAUAUAUUAUUCAUGUGUGUCCGCCAUGCGGAUUACCUUAAUGAUGAUCAAAAAGUGAGAUCAUUGCUGACUUCCACUAUUAAUGGCAUCAAAAAAGUAUUGAAGAAAAGAGGUGACGACUUUGAAACGGUUUCCUUCUGGCUAUCUAACACCUGCCGAUUUUUGCACUGUCUGAAGCAGUAUAGUGGAGAAGAGGGAUUUAUGAAGCACAACACACCUCGUCAGAAUGAACACUGCCUCACCAAUUUUGACUUAGCUGAAUACAGACAGGUAUUGAGUGACUUGGCUAUUCAGAUCUACCAGCAGCUCAUCAGAGUGUUAGAGAAUAUUCUGCAGCCAAUGAUUGUUUCAGGAAUGCUGGAGCAUGAAACUAUUCAAGGCGUCUCAGGGGUAAAGCCACCAGGGCUGCGAAAGAGAACGUCCAGUAUUGCUGAUGAAGGGACCUACACGCUGGACUCCAUCAUUAGACAGCUGAACACAUUUCACUUUGUAAUGUGUCAGCAUGGCAUGGAUCCGGAGUUGAUCAAGCAAGUCAUCAAGCAAACAUUCUACAUCACUGGGGCAGUAACCCUGAAUAACCUCCUCCUGCGCAAGGACAUGUGUUCCUGGAGCAAAGGGAUGCAGAUACGGUACAAUGUGAGUCAACUUGAAGAAUGGCUACGUGACAAAAAUUUGAUGAAUAGUGGGGCUAAAGAAACACUGGAGCCUCUCAUUCAGGCCGCACAGUUGUUGCAGGUGAAAAAGAAGACGGAUGAAGAUGCAGAAGCCAUUUGUUCAAUGUGCAAUGCUCUAACUACUGCACAGAUUGUAAAAGUUUUGAAUUUGUAUACUCCAGUUAAUGAGUUUGAAGAAAGGGUCUCAAUAUCAUUUAUACGUACGAUACAGAUGCGUUUACGAGACAGGAAGGACUCUCCUCAGCUGCUAAUGGAUGCUAAACACAUCUUUCCUGUUACUUUUCCUUUUAAUCCAUCCUCCCUCGCAUUAGAAACCAUUCAAAUUCCAGCCAGCUUGGGCCUAGCAUUCAUCUCACGUGUCUGAACCAAGGAUGCACUGUCAGCUGUUGACAAUGAGUCUGUUGCCUGAAAUCUGAAUCCAUUAAAACAUAGUGAGCCACUGAAAAUACAUUUUUGAAGGGACAACGCUGUAUAUGCCCAGAUUUUUAGUAUGGGUAGCUGGAAAUCUACAUAACUGUACCACAACUGGAAGGCUAGUAGAAAGAUGUGCAUUUGUAUAGGUCAUUAUUGUCAUGUAGACACAUUACUGAUUGUUACGUUUCCAGAGUAUGAAUAUAGGGUUUGGGCAAAAAUUGUCUUCAGCUGCCUAGAGACAUUUUUAGAUCUUUAGUAACAUAUUUAAAUAGUGUACAUUAAAAUCCAUACACAAUCUGCUCAUAGGUAGGGACCAAUAAGGACAGACACGGUACUAUAAGUGGAGAACUGGAAGAAAUGCAUUUUGUAGUAGAAUACAUAGUCAUGUAGGAAUCUAUUUCUCCGUUAGGGUUUUUGACAAUUUAAACAUAGCGAACUUGCAAUAUAUAAAACAAUUUGUUAAACAACUUCCUUAUUUAUGUCAGUAUGACAUAAAUUAUGAAGUAUUAAAGUCUUUUGGCUUACUGUGCGAUAUAACAUAGGUGUUCAUUUGUUAGUACUGUGGUUUACUAAACACAUUAAACUGCUGCUGAGUAUAGUGUUCUUUAAAAUGUAUGACAGUAUCCUUUAUUAGGCACUAAAAUAAGAGACUUCACUUUUUAUUGUCAAUUUUGUUUACAGUCCAAUGCAAUCUAUUCUUUUAACUGGAUUUAUGCAAAUGUCAACAAAUAUCACCUGGAAAGAAAAAAAUGGUAACUAAGCACAAGUAGCAUACUGGAAGUUACAUAAUAGUUUUCUUUAAAGAUAGGGCACUAAAAUACUUGUCUUGUGGCAAAAUGAACAAAAGUCAGUCAUGAUUAUAAUAUUUAUUUCAUAUUUUGUAGUUGGUUAGGGUUUUUCCUUUGUCCAAUUUUAAUCCAAGGAAGUGGCAUUAUAUUUUUUCAAUAUCAUCCAUUUUAUGUCUUUGUCACACUUUUUAAGAUGUAUUCUCAAAUACCUAGAAUGAAAGGAGAAAUUCCUUGAGUAGCCCAAUACCUUUAUUAGUCUAUAUAUUGGCUUCUGGAAAAAUACAACAAACAUUGACUGGGAAGGGAGUAUUUAAAAUUGUGCAGUUUGUGAAUCUAUCCACGUAGUUCAAUGAACCUAUUUAACAAAAGGGUUACUUCAUGCUAGAAAAAUAGUUUUUAAAGAAAUCUAUAAAGUGUUCUGUAAGAUCCAGACUGCACAAUGAGAAAUUAUAGUUGUUUUGGCCUCUGCGCUUCCAAUCAGAAAGAAUAUUCCAUCUUUCACGCCUCAGAUCUGCUCCAGUGUGGAAUUUAUAUUUCAAAAUGUACAACAAUUAAGUCAGAGGCCUUGGUCAACACUCUGUUUCUGAAUUUUAAAACAUGGUCAGUGGUGUAUGGUUCAAAUAUACAUAUGAAAAAAUUGCACAUUACUAAAUUGCAGUGUGCAAUAUUUUAAUGUAUCAUGCAAAUUAGCAACUUAGCACGAACAUUUAUUUCUUUGAAAGAACAGAAAAAUAUUCUAUAGGUAUACUUUUAGAAUGUUCUGGUACUAAUCAGCCUGUGAACCUACAGAAUAAUUUUCCUAUCAGCUGAGCAGACCAAUACAUUUCAGUUAUGUUUUGAGAUAUAUACAUGCACCUUAUUUAUGGUGACUGAUAAAAUGUAUAAUAAAGAAAGCUUGAUCUUUGUCAGUACCAUUUUGAAAUGCUUAUGCCUUUUUAUUUUCAGAAGUGUGUGCCCAUUUUUUGUGUUUAAUAGCUCACUACUGAUAUGUUUAGGUACCUACAAGUAAGAAUUGCAUCUUUAAUUUGGAUGAUCUUUGUUAAAUUAUUUAAAUUAUUUUCAUAUGCAAAGUAAACCAAAAGCACUUCAUUCAAAUAUGUUUGUUAUUUUAUCUCUGAGGGCCAAGGAUCAUAUAAGCUGGCUCCAAACACAGUAUCAUGUAAUAUGGUGGAGUGUACUAAUCUUUCAAAGUUUCAGGAAGUACUGCACUUGUUAAUGUGUCAUGAAAAAGCCCUGGUAUCCAGUAAUAGCAUAAGAGCAGGAAAUAGGUGAAAACAUUUAGAAAAAUAGAAACUUUCCCCCUCCUGUUUAAGUAAAAUUGGCACAACAGUAUAUUUAUACUGUAAAUCAGGAAAUAUAUCUACUACUUAAACACAUAGUUAUGAAAAUUCGUUAAAAUGUAUUUUUGUUUUUUAAAUUUGUUUACCUGUAUAAAGCCUUACUGUGACUUGUUUCCUUAACAAAGUAGUAGUAAGUUGUUUAUAGGUAUUAUCCUUAAACUCAGUGGUUUGAGUAGUGUUACAUUUAUAUCACAUUAAAAGUGUAUGCUGCUUGACAUGUUUUAAAGGAAAAUAUUUCUAAGUUGAAAUAGAUGUGUACUUGGUAAAUCAUCUAAAAUUUUACAUAACAGUAUUUUACAUGCACUUUUCAAAAAAGAAUUUUAGUGUUGAUUUAUGAUAUAAAAUAUUUUUCACCUUAGGUUUAAGGUCUCUUUAGAUAACCAUGAAAACAAAUAUAAACAUCUUUUUAAAACUUAUAUUUUUUCCUUUGAAUCAUGAUUAUGCUCUUUUAAUGUAGACGUAACUUUUAUAUUUUAAUUUAUUAUCUAUUGAUAUAGUAGAUUCUGUUGGAUGCAGGAAAUUAUUAAUUUGUCAAUGUCCCUUUUGACAUAUGUAACCAUUCUGAAGAUGUCACACAAUAAUUACCUCAUUGAGUUUGGUAUAUUUUUAGUCCAGCCAUUAUUUUGUUCAGCCUUUUGCAACAUAAUCUUCUAUCCAAAUUUUAACCAAUUGCUACCCAGGCUUUAAUCCGAGAUGGAACUUGAAAGUGCUUAAAGAAUUUUGCUUUAUUAAAUGUGAUUAAUCUAGUCUACUUGAUCAGAAUAGAAAGAUAUGCUAUACUUCAUCUUUGAAUCAUUGAUUUUUUUUAAUCCGUUAACAGUUGUUCCAUACCUGGAAACACCAGCAUUUGAAAGCUGAAGGUCUAUAUCAUUUAGGAUUUAAAACUGAACACAUUUCAAAAUAUCAUACAAGAAUUCUGAGAGAAUGACUUUUGUUUUUUAAGAUGCUGAUAAUUCGUCUGACAAAUAAAAGCCUUUAAACAGGUUUUCACUCUGUACCACCACAGUACAUGGAUGAAAACCAAACCAAUUCAGAAUGACAUAUGCUUUGAAAUGUUGUAGUGUCUGAUGUUGUAUUUAGUAAAUGUGUGCAUCAUAAACACUGUAUCCUAUUAGCUGUCACUGAAAAAUGUCCAAAUAAAAAACUCUACAGCUUUU